UUUGAACUGAAUGUAAAUAUGUGGUGACUGGGGUAGUGUUGGAGAUUUUGUUAUUGUUUAUAUUUAGAAAAGAGAGCUUUACAGUGACCCGUGCUUAAUUUGUCUGUUUAUGGCAUUUAAUUAAACACAGUCUAUGAAUCAGGACGGCACGCCAUUGUUUUUUAUGUUAAGAAUAAUUAUUUAUCUGAUCCAUAGCAAUAUUGCUUAUCGAGUUCACUAAGGAAAUGUCAAAAACUUCAUCUAGUACGACGCAUUCCGAAACCCAGAUAAAAUUAGCGCAGUUACAAGUUGAAAGAAUAAAGCACAGUGUACAAAUUCUAUUUUACUCUCAUUGUUCGAGGGCACUUACGAGCUCAUACAGCAACAGUUGGAUUAUGUCAAAAAAUUUCACAUAUCAGUCAAAGGAUGAAGAUGAGCAAUGGAUAUCUGGAGAAGAAUUGUAUACUGAAGGCAGCAGUGAUGAUGAUGAUGCUGCAUUGAGAGCAAAACGGAGGUAUGAUGAAAGACAUGCAAGAGCACCGAAAAAGAAUGUUAAAUCUUCAUCAGUUAAAGACAAAAGUGAUAUCCUUGAACAGAAGAGCUCCCCAGCAAAACAGUAUGUAGAAGCUUCACCUGCUGAGUGUGUUCAGAGUACUACUGAAACAGUAAAUACUGUUGGUAUUGCAAAUGAAAGUAAAACUUUCAAUAGUAUUGUUGUUGUCAAUGAAACUGGGGCAGUGUGUACUACUGUUGAAGUGGAUGAAACUGGAACUAUGAAUCCUGUUGGGCUUGCUGUAGAUUCACAAGAUUGUUAUGAUCUUCAACAACCAAUUCCCAAUGAUAAUGAUGGCUGUGAUAUACAUGUGGAGGCUGAUGAUUCAGAAAUUUCUUGGAGGCCUAAAAGAGGUAGUAUUAAACUUCCCAACAUAACAGUGGAAGGAAGAGUAGUAGAAUUGUUAACCAAUUCACAAAUGUAGCAUUAUUAUAUUUUUGUACUUACAGUUACAGAGCAAAGUUGCUGUUGCAUUAAUAUGGUAUUUUAAUAUAUAAAGAAUUUAUAACUCAUCAUGAAACUGAAAAUGUUUGAAAGUGAUGCAGAACACAAAAUAACAACAGAAAAAAAGUCAUGCUACAAUUUGUUUUGUAUUGAAAUAAUUACACUAAUUUUUCCUUCGAUUAAAGAUUUACAUUUAUAUUCAGAUGAAAUCAGAAUAUUGUUAUUCAUGUAAGGCAAAAUACUUUUGUUAUUGACUGGUUGUCUGCUUUCAUGAAAAGUUAUGUAAAUAUUAGUAAUAUUAUUUUUA